AUUUUUAUCUAUUUUUUCUACUGAGUGGUAAUUUUGUAAAUAAAGUGAUCCUAGUUCGAAACCCAAUAGCCCUAAUUCGGUCCUUUUUUUUUCCCUCCUCCGUGCACCACCGCUGCAAAAAACCAGUGAAGGAAAACGAAAACAAUAGAAGAGGGAGAAGAACCUUCAAUUUCGAAGCUAUUUACCACCAAACGCCCAAUGAAUAAGAAGGAGAAGAAGGAUGUUCCAGUUGCGGAGAAACCAUCGGAUUGCAAUGGUGAUAGGGUUACGGUUUCGAAGUUCGAUAAUUGUGUGGGCAAUUACUUCAGAGCAAACGAAACCAUAUCUAAGCUCCGUGGAGAAGAUGAUGAAGAUUAUUAUGCUCUUCAACAAACUGAAAUUCAGCGUUUGUCUUCCUCGCUCACUUUCUUAAGACCUUGCUGCACAAGGACUUUGUUAUGUAUGUUGGAGGGCAUGUUUGGGCUUUGGAUUGGUGUCCUAGAAUCCAUGAAAUGCCUGACUAUCAUAUUAAAUGUGAGUUUAUUGUGGUUGUUGCCCCAAUAAUAUCAUGUUACCAUACCAUCACUGUCAUCAAGCUUCUCUCUACCGAAAUCUGUGUGCUCAAAGCUUCACUCUUCCUUAUUAGAAAGUUCUUUGAUUGUAAUGAAAAAGUGACCACCAUUGUUCUUUCCUUCUUUGGCCAAAAAUUCCAUUGAAAAAGUAAAGGUGGUCUAGGCAUAAGGGGUAUGACGAAUUUCAACAAUGCUUUGAUUGCAAAAUUGGGAAGGAAUGUCUUAACAAAAACUUAUUCUCAAUCCCAAAAGCAAAUUCUAUCUUCUGCCUGUGGAAAAGCAUGUGUGACAGCUUCUCAUAGACGAGCAGGAAAUACCAUGGCCCAUCAGUUAGCAGGGCACCCCAAGAAUGUAAACCAUGAAAUUGUUUGGAUACAAGAUGAACCUAAGUUGUUUGGAUACAACUUUUUUUUUUCUUUUCAUAAAAAAGUUGUACAUUGGGAGUCAUAUUUCAAAAACAAGACAUUGAUCCAAUACCUACUCAUAGGCUUCACUCACUUGGUUCUCUAUUAGUACUGUAAAGCAAUAAGCAAAUUCGA